AUGGACUUUUUUGAGCAGAUAAGUGAUCUAUCAUAUAUUGCUCUUAACGGCAAUCGCAUCAUACGAGUAGAGAGCACAAGCCCGGUAACUCUGGUCACUCUAGCGGAGUUAAACUUAUCGAAUAACGAAUUGGUAUCAUUCCAGCCAGAAGGAAUUGAAUUUCCAGUGUUAAAAACACUAAAAAUAGAUAAAAACAAUUUGACCACCCUUCCGAGAAAUCUAAUGAAGUGCCCUCUGCUCGAGUCGUUACAAUUGGGACGCAAUAAGUUAACGCGCCUUGAUCUGUCAUCCUUGAGGAAUGCGAAAGGUCUGAUUCAUUUAGAUGUGCGUGAAAAUAAGAUCACAAGUGUGGUGGCUAGCAGCCCGAUCAAACUCGAUGCUCUUCAAAGCAUCCGUAUUGACAACAAUGACCUUGGGCAGGUUAAUUUCACGGGAUGCGAUUUUCCGAACAUCCAAGAGGUGUCACUAGCGGAAAACAGGCUGACAAGCGUACCUCCGAACCUGUUCAAACUGUUUCCUUCGGGAGUACUGAAUUUGGCGAGAAACGCAAUAGUCUGUGACAAACUGAUGAAGUUCAAGAAACAGGUGACCGAUGGAAAACUGCUACUGGCAUAUCCAUGGACCUUCGAAGAGUGCCAAAUAAAUGGAACUAAAGUAGAACUCAACAACCAAACGGUCGUUUGCUGUAAUAUUUAA